AUGAUUCUUUGGACAAUAUUGAUGCUGAUACCAACACCAACGUCGAUGCCAACACCAACAUCAAUGCUAACACCAACGUCAAUGCCAAUGUCAACACUAAUGUCAAUACCAAUGUUAAUGCCAACACCAAUGUCAAUGCCAACACCAACGUCGAUGCCAACACCAACGUCGAUGCCAACACCAAUGUCGAUGCUAACACCAAUCUUGAUGCCAACACCAAC